CCUCAUUGGCUGGGUGAUGUGUCCGUCAAACCAAUUUACGGAAGUGUAGCCACCCACUUCAAAGAUGGAGGACGAUAUAUCAGAUUUGAGCAGACCACAAAUGUACUUGUUCGGUUGCACCCUCAAGUCGGAAAAACGGGAGUUCAAAGUUGACGUAGACGACGAUGAUACGGAGCAACAGCUGUCACUCAAAGCGGUGUGUCUGGGAGCUGAGGCUGAGGAUAAGUUCCAUAUGGUGGAAGUCGAGGGCCUCACUUAUGAUGGAAAGACAACCAAAGUGCCGCUAGUUGUCCUGAAGCCGUCCGUCCUGCCAUCUAUGAGUUUAGGUGGAUUUGAGAUCACUCCUCCAGUUACCUUCCGUCUCCAGUCUGGCUCUGGACCAGUUCACAUCAGCGGGCAGCACUUCGUCAGUGUGAAGGAUUCAGAGGAUGAAGAAGAAGAGGAGAACAACACGUCACCAGUGAAACGACCUGCAAGCCUGAUGUCAGGGACGAAGCCCCCAUUGAAAAAACUAAAGAUGGAUUCUGACGACGAUGAUGAAGAAGACAGUGAUGAAGAUGAUGAUGAUGAUGAUGAAGAUGACGACAGCGAUGAAAUCGUGAAACCUCAGAAGAAUGUCGGAAAAGAGCUCGAAAAAACCCUAGAGUCUUCAGCAAAGAAGACCAACAAGACACCGGUGAAACAAAAUGGUCCUGCAGGAAAACCCUCAGGAUCAGCGGUGAAACCACAGAAUAAGACACCUGCCCCAGGAAAAGACAAACUCCAGGCCGGCCCGUCUAAAUCUCCCUCUCUGACUGAGAUUAAGAGCAAGUUGUCGGCAGCAGCCAAGGAGGGAAAACCCCUACCGAAGACAGAGCAGAAGUUUGAGAAUUUCGUCAGGAGUUCUUUUAAAAUCUCAGACAAAAAAGUGGUCAAGGACCUCUGGAGUUUUGUACAAACACUGAAGAUUGAGAAGAAGUAACAAACCUUGUGCUCUGAAGCAUUUCUGCGUUUUGCAUUCUGCAAGACAUUUAAAGGCACAGUCAGCGAGAUUUCCUACUCAGCCUCAUUGUGUUAUCAUUGCUAACUAUGAUUUGGAGCGAACGGACGGACUGAGUGCUGAAAAUGGGUAAAGCCAUUAAUGAAUCAGGUGUCAUUGUUUUUAGAUGCAAAGCACCUCCUGGAGCUUGCUUCUUGUCACCCACAAAGUCACUCAUUCAUGUUCAGCAACUGCAGAUCUUCCGAAAGGGGAAACUGUUUACUUCGUCGCAUGCCAAUCUGCACCACCUAUAGGAAAGGAAAAUAAUAGCAUCACCAAUUAGGGCUUGCAGAUGUCUGUUUUCUUACAGGACAGAAAUAGCUGCUACAAUUUCAACACCUGUGCCACAUGCAGGCAAUAAAUGUUACACCUGCGUUUUUUAUAGCCGCAAUAAAUAACAGAUAUGUAAAUUUUUUUUGGUAACAACAAAGUUUGAAAUUCAACUAUUCAGAGCCCAGGACAGACCAGAUAAGUUAGACUUUGCUAUUUCUUUUUUUUUAAUCCCUCUUGGUCUCAACCCCUUAUCUUCACAAAAAAAACAAACAGCUGUCUGUGUGGUUUGCAACAGUUUUAGUAUGUUUUUAUACUACCGGGAGUCACCACAGAAAAAAAUAGAAUCAAACCCUAAACACAAAGUUGCUAAGACGUGAAAUAUAAAUCUUCAAACAGCAGCUAUAAAAAUGAAAGCAACUUCAGUUGUAGCACUCAUUAACUGCAUGUAGUAAGCACUGUAGUACUGUCAAAUUAGAGACACUGUUCCUUUCCUUGCCUGUAGAUGGUGAGACCUGCAUGUCUGCAUCAUGAGGCCAGUUUAUACUUCUGCGCAGAAUCAACGGCAUAGGUGAGGCGUAGACCGCACCUUACAUUGUGGCCUGCGCUGUAGCCUGACGUGCACCUCCCUAGAAAUGUAACUACGCGUGGCGGUGACGUAGACUGCAACAACUGUGACUGGUCCGAUUGGUCGUCCACGUCCCAGUGACCAGACGAGCACAGAAAAUUCCCCCUCCUCCUGCCUCAGUCGGUUCAGUGGUCGUACACAACAUCUCCUCUGUGUUGACUUCUCUCUUUUCUGCGUUGCAGUAAUUUCAGUAAAAGUAACUUUUGUUCAGCAUUUCCAGCUCCAGCUCCAGUUUCAGUCGCCAUUGUUUGAACUACACAAAGAAACUCAACACAGUGGCGUAGAAAACCGCACGGCCAACUAGUGGUUCGUCGGUGCAAUUGCAGAGCGACGCAGACACACCAGUGCACAUGUAUAAAUGCCCACAAGGGCGUAGGCCACUUGCGUAGGCUCUGCGUCGAUCCGCCGCAUAAGUGUAAACCGGCCUUUACUCUGUUUACCUGUUGGUUGUGCGUGUUGUAUUGGAACCGCAGGCCCAGAACUGUUGGUUCUGCAACUCUGCAGUUGGAUGAUAUGAGCCGAGCCUGGUUUCAGGUGCUUCGCAUCCGAGACGCUGCGUGUCCGUUUUAAGUCAAUAAUACAAUAGGAGAUAUUGCGGAAUGUGCCUUUAAAUAUCUCUACUGUUAACUGAUAUAAAGUCCCAUUUUGUGUGAAUUUGGGCAGUAUAUUCACAAACAGUUAAAGCCGCUGAUAUAGGGGGAUAAUUUUCUGUCAUAAACCAGUGAUGAUACACCGUAUUUUUCCUGUGUUUUUCCUGAUUUGUUGUUUUAGGUUCCGUCUGGCUUUAGGAAGCCUUUUUAGCCUGCAACCAUGCUUACAGAUUGUACUAUUAAGUUGUCUGGUGUAACUGCGCCGUCAUUAUUGUACAGAAAUUCGUCUGUGUGUGUCAAGAUUGUGUUUUUUCAAAUUGUGUCUCUGGUUUGGUCAUAGCAGCUCCUGCGAUAUACUGUAACCUGCAGUAACUCUAUUUUUUUAACAAUUUGGCCAAGAGGAAACUUUUCUCUUUCCUGUCACGAGCGAACAAAUAAGAGCAUAAACAUAAAAACGUACAUCUGCUUAUCUAAAUAAUUUCACUUAACAUUGCAAGCUAGAAACAGUGAGAUCCAUACGUCUACAAGGAUGUGUGUAGUUGUGACCUUGCUACUGCUACACAUUUCUUUACCAGUUAAUCUGUUGAGCAAACAAAACAUUUUUCAUCCUGUGUUUUUUCCAGGAGCACACCUGGCAUUUCUGGAUGAGAGCCGUGUUAUUCUUAAUGUGUUUUUAUACAUUCAAUACAAAUGUUUUUAAGCUUACAUGAGGCUCAUCUUAACUUGCAAAUACUACAAACCUGCUGACUGGAUCUGUUUAAGAUGGCAUUAAAAUCUGUCAUAACCUGUGAGGGAAUUCAUUACAGUGAUUACAGCCAAAAGAAAUCCUCUUUAGCAGAAAUGCUCAUCAGUGCAGUACACAAAACAUUAUCAAGAGGAUUAUGACCUCCAUAAAACCAACAGAUGCCCUGACUAAAUCGUUCUUCUUAUAUAUACAUUACAUACAAAAGUAGAAAACAAGACGAGAAGCCUGUUAACGAGCUCCAGGAGUAUAUUUAUGAGUUGGCACUGUUAUUGUAUUUCGGUGUAAUCUAAAGCACUAAAAACAGAUUACAAGCCAAUGAAUGAUACAGGUUAUCUUAUUUAUUGCAACAUAAUCAUAAGGUAUAUAUCAGAAAAUUACGUCAGAGUCACAACGUCGCCUUUACAUAAACCCCAUAAAGAGCUCAACCCCAUAAUUGUUUGCACUCUUGCAUAUCAGUGCUCUGAUGACAAUAAGCAGGCACUCGCUCUGCUUAUAAUGUGUUUAUGAUCCUGUAUAAUGCCUUUUAUGAGCCAAAUGCUGGCAGUUGGACAUCAUCCUUAAGCAAAGGACUUGGUUCAGCCAUCCUGUUCUCUGUAAAGGAUAUUUAUGAAUUCCGUAGGUGUAUACUUUACUACUCCAGCAGAUUUAGGUCGUUAAAGUCGACCCGGAUAAUUUACCUGAAUCAAAAUAUUUUAAAUAUCUGUAAUAUCCUCUUUGUAGUGCGGUUUCAGUAGGAGCAGGUUGUUAGCGUUGAGAUUUAGUUUUUGCCUUACACAACUUCAUGUCGAGGUCUGUUAAUGAUUUUUUUAAAUUCUUCCCUUGUAUCAAACCUAAUGAACAUUCUUUUCUGUAAAUAAAUCUCUUGCUUUUAUUUACCAGUACGGCAUCUGAACAAUUAUAUUUUUAAGUGUACGCUUAAUCUAGCCUUUGCUAAUAGCUGGUUUUGCAGCUUGGAUCUGUUGUCGUGAUCUUUAUUUGAAAUGUUGUGUUUCACUUGGUAUAGAAGUGUUUUAUGUUGAGUAUAAAUCCCCGUUUAAAAUGUCUGAAAUACUGCCCUGUUUUUGUUAACUUUUCAUUAUAGCGCUACUGGUUGGUUCAUCUGUAGUUUGUCAUCCGUUGAUUCUGUAAUAAAUAAUUAUGAAGCCAGUACUUAGGUAUGUCCAAUACAAAAAAGAAAGAUUGUGAUCUUUGUUGAUAACCCAAUGUGUUUUUGGAGCUCAUUAUUUUCAAUCAUUUUAGUAAUUACAAAAAUUUGAUUCAAAAGUACAAAACAAAAGUACAAUAUGCAGCAAACAGUAUAGUUUAACUUUUCCUUAUUCUUUGUAGUUACCAUGAUAGACAUAAUCAAGAGGUGGUUCCUUUUUUUUUUUUUUUCCUUUGUUGGAUGAGCUUGUUUCAAAUCUCUUUGCAAUGCAGCUAGCAUGAUAAAAUGUCACAUUUAAAACAGUAUUAUAAACUUGUCAUAACAUUUUCUGGAUUUUGAGUAGCAGUAUCUACCAUUGUAAAAAAA